UGCCUCCCUUCGCUUGACACUAAUACGCCUCUACGCCGUCAGCAAAAAUGGCGCCCUUUGACCUUUGACUCCGUCAGCCACAUCAGCUUUAUUCGUAGAGUCGGUUUCUGAACGUUGCAGUCAAAAUACGGGUGUGAAUACGAUUAAAUGAACGUGACUUUUAUUGUCUAGCGACAGCACCCGAGAUAACUACGUUGAGCAGAUUAAUGCAACGAAGUUGAAUUAGCCGGCUAGCUUAAGGCGGCUAACGUUAAUGCUCUCUGGGCGUUUCUCGCUUGCUCUGCGGUUUUAUCAAACAAACCACAACGGGAAACCAGCUGCUUUGUUGCCACCAUGCAUGUCAUUAAACGAGAUGGACGCCAUGAGGGAGUUACUUUUGAUAAAAUCACAUCUCGCAUUCAGAAGCUUUGCUAUGGACUCAACUGUGACUUUGUGGACCCUGCCCAGAUUACCUUGAAGGUGAUCCAGGGUCUGUACAGUGGAGUCACCACUGUGGAGCUGGACACGCUGGCAGCAGAGACCGCUGCCACCCUGACCACCAAACAUCCCGACUACGCACUCCUGGCUGCGCGUAUUGCAGUUUCUAAUCUCCAUAAAGAAACUAAGAAAGUAUUCAGUGAUGUGAUGGAAGACCUCUACAACUAUGUGAACCCCUUAAAUAAACAGCACUCGCCUAUGAUCUCCAAGGAGAUGCAUGACGUUGUACUGGAAAACAAAGGUCGCCUGAACUCAGCCAUCAUCUACGACAGAGACUUUUCUUACAACUUUUUUGGCUUUAAGACUCUUGAGCGGUCGUAUUUGUUGAGGAUUAACGGCAAAGUUGCUGAGAGGCCCCAGCACAUGCUAAUGAGGGUGGCGGUCGGGAUUCACCAAGGAGACAUUGAUGCUGCCAUUGAAACCUACAACCUCCUGUCAGAGAAGUGGUUCACCCAUGCCUCACCUACUCUGUUUAAUGCAGGCACCAACAAGCCACAGCUGUCAAGUUGUUUCUUGCUAGCCAUGAAAGAUGACAGCAUCGAAGGUAUCUACGACACCCUGAAACAGUGUGCCCUCAUCUCCAAGACAGCUGGAGGUAUUGGAUUGGCCAUUAGCUGUAUCAGAGCAACGGGCAGCUAUAUUGCUGGGACAAAUGGGAAUUCCAAUGGGUUGGUUCCGAUGCUUCGGGUCUACAACAAUACAGCACGUUAUGUGGACCAGGGGGGCAACAAGAGACCCGGGGCCUUUGCCGUGUACCUGGAGCCGUGGCAUUUCGAUGUGUUUGACUUCUUAGAGUUGAAGAAGAACACUGGUAAAGAGGAGCAGAGAGCCAGAGAUCUGUUCUUUGCCAUGUGGAUCCCUGACCUGUUCAUGAAGCGAGUGGAGAGCAAUCAGGACUGGUCUCUAAUGUGCCCCAGUGAUUGUCCCGGCUUAGAUGAAUGCUGGGGAGAGGAGUUCGAGCAGCUUUACACUCGGUACGAGAAGGAGGGCAGGGCCAAGCGUGUGGUGAAGGCUCAGCAGGUGUGGUACGCCAUCAUUGAGUCUCAGACAGAAACUGGUACGCCAUACAUGCUCUACAAGGACGCCUGCAACAGGAAGAGCAACCAGCAGAACCUGGGCACCAUCAAAUCCAGCAAUCUGUGCACCGAGAUCGUAGAGUACACAAGCAAAGACGAGGUUGCAGUGUGUAACCUGGCGUCUAUUGCUCUCAACAUGUAUGUCACCUCAGAAAGGAGCUUUGACUUCAAAAAACUUGCAUCGGUCACCAAAGUCAUCGUCAAGAACCUGAACAAGAUUAUCGACAUCAACUAUUACCCCGUGAUUGAGGCCGAGAGGUCCAACAAGCGUCACAGGCCGAUUGGAAUCGGAGUGCAGGGUCUGGCUGAUGCCUUCAUCCUAAUGCGUUAUCCCUUUGAAAGCCCGGAGGCCCAGUUGCUCAACAUUCAGAUCUUUGAGACCAUUUACCACGCUGCCCUGGAGGCCAGCUGUGAGCUGGCAGCGGAGCACGGCCCCUACCAAACCUACGCUGGGUCUCCCGUCAGCAAGGGAAUCCUACAGUAUGACAUGUGGGAUAAAACCCCAACCGAUCUGUGUGACUGGGAAGCACUGAAGGCGAAAAUCGCCAAGCAUGGCGUGAGGAACAGUCUGCUCUUGGCCCCCAUGCCCACAGCUUCCACCGCCCAGAUCCUGGGAAACAACGAGUCCAUUGAGGCCUACACCAGCAACAUCUACACCCGCCGAGUGCUCUCAGGAGAGUUUCAGAUUGUGAAUCCUCAUCUGCUCAAGGACCUCACAGAAAGAGGACUGUGGAGUGAAGACAUGAAGAACCAGCUGAUUGCUCAGAACGGGUCAAUCCAGGGUAUUGAGGGGAUCCCCAAUGAGCUGAAGCAGCUGUAUAAAACAGUGUGGGAAAUCUCCCAGAAGACUGUCCUCAAGAUGGCAGCCGAUCGUGGUGCCUACAUCGACCAGAGCCAGUCCCUAAAUAUCCACAUCGCGGAGCCGAACUAUGGCAAACUGACCAGCAUGCACUUCUACGGUUGGCAGUUGGGCCUGAAAACCGGCAUGUACUACCUGCGGACGAAGCCUGCUGCCAACCCCAUCCAGUUCACUCUCAACAAAGAGAAGUUGAAGGAGUCAGCCAAGAUCGAUGAGGACAGCAAACAGAGUAACACUGCUGCCAUGGUGUGUUCGUUAGCCAACAAAGAAGAUUGCCUCAUGUGUGGCUCCUAAGGGAAGUGUGGAUCCCACAGAAAAAGGCACUUCCCCUCAUCCACCAGCUUCUGCAUUACAUAUUCCAUUUUACAUACACUGACUUUUAUUAUUUCAUAUUUUCAGGGAUUUUGUAUAGAAUUAACAGGCCACAAAGCAUUCAUAUUUUCCUGUGGUAUUUUUUUUAUCAAUGCAUAUGUGUAAUUAUGAGUCGUAAUAAUGAACUUCAUGUUUGUAUAUUAGGUGUGUAGGAAAUUAAUGGUCAUAAUGUGGCAUUACUUAAUAGACUUCUGUGGAGAAUAUGUGAAGCUUUCGUUUUACCUCAGAACCUAGUAUAGACUGUAAUGCAUACUAAUCCUGGAUCAAUUAAAGUAUGAACAGUAAUUAUGUAUUACAUUCAUUAAAGGUUAAAUAUCAGCAUUCAGGGAGAAAAGUAUCUAGCAUGCUUUUUUUUAAUGUCAUCUUUAUUAGGAAAUAAGCAGGGAGAGGAUAAACUUUUGUCUCUUGCAGGAUGGAGAUUAUGAUUUACAUAAAAGGGGUUUUCUGUCAACUUACAUGAAGUGUGUUUUAAUUAUCGGUGCACAUCGGGUCUCUGGCUCACAACACCAAAAAAGCUGAAGGCGUGAAUCCUGUAAUAGUGCAACAAAAGGGCUGCACAAGGUGUUUCUUUCUUUGGAGACUGGUCG